UACUUCCAUCCCACUAGUGUCUUGUCUUCGGUCUGUGCGUCGGUUUCUACUUCACACUCCGACUGGCUGCUCUACAACUGCCAGACUCCAUUUCCUGGACUUUUGAAGGGGGUGCGCCAUGCAGCGUGCCUGGGUGUGACCGACUGUGCCUGACAACAUCUCAAGGUACACGGCAUCCGACUGCGGGGAAAGAAAGAAAGAAAAAAAAAAAAAAAGGACAGCAAGAGAUUGCAGACAUUCCAACGUCAUUAUCAUCGACAUUCUGGCUCCUCUCAUUGGACAUGCCCGCGAGUAUCAGUCUGGCAGGGCCAGCCGGUAGCAGCGCCUAGCGCGGGCGAUCCAGAGUCUGUCAAUUGAUAAGGUCGGUGGAGACGUCGGAGUUUAGGUAAUUCUGUGAGUGAUUGAUUGAUUGGAUUUGAUUCUCGUCGAUGCGUUGGUUGGAGAGCGAUAGACAUGGCAUGGCAGACUCUGAGCCAUGUAAGGAGGUGGUGUCUGUCAAGCUUUUCUGUCUUUUAAUUAAUUUGUUGGGAAGUGGAUGGUUUCUGUUUCUUUAUCUUCUCUUCCCUCUUUUUCUCGCGCUCCCUUCUUUGUCGUCGCGAUUUCCUGACCCACGAUUCUUAGAUCGACUCAAUCAGAUCGCAGUUCCUAAAAUCAAUCGCUGAGUCACACCGGGACUUGGUCUAACUAUCAUUUGAUUCUCUUUUUUGGUCACAGGCUUCCUCACGGUCAUCUUUAGCUCUCUUGCGUGCUGGAUCGACUUGGUAUCAUUUCCCCCGGCAAUGGCGUAACGAAGGGCGGUCGAUCAUCUACUCCCCAGAGGCUUCGUCCCCCUUGUCAAUCCACGACAUGCAAAGACGGAAGAAAUUCACCCUUUUUCGUUCCUCCGCUAUACUUCAUCCGAACUAUAUCCGGUGGUGAAGAUCGUCACUGCUGCUUUUUAUCCCUUGUUUGCUUUAUCUCUCUGCUUUGACGAACUCGGCCGGUUGGCUACUACUUACUCUGUUUCAAUAUCAACUGAAUCCCGCUCCCUGGGGAAGACUUUGGCUUGGUGGCUUGUAGGAGAGGUUGUUGGCUAUAUUCGUAUCCUGCUCCGAGCGCUGUCAACGCCAUGGAUCAGUCGCUAUCGCUUAUUUCGGCUCAGGUCCAGUUCAUG